CACAAAUUCAUUAUCAAGGAUAAUAUUGGAUCAUGUCUUCUCACGAUCAAUUUGAAGAAGAAAUCGAUAAUCUUGUUGAAGACGAAUAUGUCAAAGAAGAAGAUGUUGCAGAAGAAGAGAUUCCUGACUUAGAUCAUGGUGAACCUAUGGAUGAGGAGGAUGAAGAAGAAGCUAUUGAUGAAUCUGCUGAUGGUUUUGAAUUCAGACCUAAUGAAGAGGAUGAAAAUACUAUGGAACUUGCCGAUGAUUCUGUUCAAGGCUUUUUGAUCAUCGUCAACCACAAUGGUAUUAUUGUUAGUGGUGGCGGAGAUGAUAAAAGUUAUUUGUGGCGUUGCGAUACAGGUGAAAUGUUAAAAUGUUUGGAUGGGCAUACCGACUCUGUUACCAGUGUAGGAUUUAGUUGUGAUGGCAAAUAUGUUGCUUCCGCUGGUAUGGAUGGUAAAGUGCGUGUAUGGAAUGCCGAAACUGGUGAUUUUUGUGUCUCUGUUGAUGGUCCUGAUGAAGUAGUCUGGAUUGAUUGGCAUCCUAAGGGAAAUAUAUUGUUAGCAGGUGCUACGGAUUCUACUAUUUGGAUGUGGGCAAUGCCUUCUGGUAAAUUUAUGAACAUAUUCAAUGGUCAUGCAGGACCUGUUACAGCAGGUUGUUUUACCCCAGAUGGUAAAAAAAUUGUGUCCACAUCUGAAGAUUCUUCUUUUAUUGUUUGGGACCCUAAAUCUGCUACUGCAGAAUAUCGUUUAUCAGGCGAAGAUGCACGUUUCCAUGCUGACCCUGUUACCUCUGUUUGCGUAAAUAAGGAAAGUACUCUAGCUAUUACUGGCGAUGUAUCCGGUAAAGCUAGACUUGUGAAUAUUUUGAAUGGCCAAAUUGUUGCUUCUUUAGAGAAUCAUUCUGACUCUGUUGAAACUUCUUCUUUUUGUGAUGUUCUUCCUUUAGCUGCUACAGGCUCAGUAGAUGGAACUAUUUCAAUUUGGGAUGUUCAAACACAACGACUUCGUGCUACUUUAAAUCAUGAUGAUGCAGUUGUCAAAGUUAAAUUUGUAAAGAAUUCACCUAUGCUUGCAUCCUGUUCAGCAGAUAGAACAAUUAGAAUGUGGGAUGCUCGUACUGGAGAAUGUGUGAAGACUUGGGUUGGACAUCGUGAUACCGUACUUGAUAUAGCAGUAGCUGAUGAUGGUAAUGUAAUUUGCUCUGCAUCGGAUGAUGGUACAUGCUUAGUUUUCAGCAUGUAAAGAAUAAAGAUAACAUACUCUUUUUAUUAUUAUUGUCAUUUGUAAUCCUAGCUGCUAAAAUAUAGAAUAAUAAAUAUAAAUAUAGAAUAG